AAGGAAAAAGAAUUGUUCGAUUGCAUUUUUUCCACGUGGCGAUGCCAAAGCAGCUUGACAUUCACUCGCCCACUUGAUUUCCAGCAUUGCUAUUUUAACUCCAAGAUUCCUUAAAAUUCAAGAACAAAACCGUUCUCAUGACUCGUUUGACUCAUCCACUCAUCCGGCUCAACUCGCUCGGGUUACUUCGCCUCGUCACCACCACCAAAUUCCUUUCUCAUAACCACCGAAUUACCUUCAGCCGAUCCCCUCCAAAUUCCAUUCGGAAACGCCCGGCGAUGGACCCAAUCACAACGGAACUGUUUUCCCCGCCCGGAGAGGAUUUUGUUCACAUCGAAAGCCCUGACCCUAGUGGCGUCGAUUCAUUGAGCAAGAGCAUUGUGAAAAUCGAAGACGAGCUGCUUAGUGACGGUAGCGACGACGUUGAGACGGGCGAGGUAUCUGAUUUUUCUGAGCGAAGGAAGAUGGAACUGCCCGAGGAGCUUUCUAGGAGCGUCAUGGUUCUAUCCUGCCAGUCUACUGCGGAGGGCGGCACUUGCGAUGUCUACUUGGUUGGGACUGCUCAUGUAUCUAAGGAAUCUUGUAGAGAAGUUGAAGCUGUAAUCAGUUUCUUAAAACCACAGGUCGUUUUCUUGGAGUUAUGCUCAAGUCGAGUUCCUGUACUUUGCCCACCAUCAGAAAAUUUAAAGAUACCAACAUUCAGAGAGAUGAUAGAUCUGUGGGAGAAAAAGCAUAACUUGUUUGGAAUACUUUACAGCUGGUUUCUUGCAAAGGUUGCUAGUCAGCUUGAAGUUUUCCCUGGCUCUGAGUUCCGGGUAGCAUUUGAAGAAGCAAGGAAAUAUGGUGGCAAGAUUAUACUUGGUGAUCGUCCUGUACAAAUUACAUUGAGAAGAACUUGGGCAAAGAUGCCACUCUGGCAUAAGACAAAAUUACUAUAUUCUUUACUUUUUCAAGCUGUCUUCUUGCCAGGUGCUGAAGAACUUAACAAAUUGCUGAAGGAAAUGGAUGAUGUUGACAUGCUAACUCUUGUGAUUCAAGAAAUGAGCAAGGAAUUCCCCACUCUAAUGGAAACUCUUGUCCAUGAGCGAGAUCAGUUAGUACUCUAUUGCUUCCUUAAUAUCUAUAAAUUGUAGUAUUUCAAUUUUGAUCUUUUGGCUCUGACAUCAGAUAGUAGUAGCAUUUUUUUAUUUUUGGUUUUUUGAUUUAUAACAUAUAAUGCAUCUUUGGAUUAUUUACUUUCAAUUUGCUAACCACCAUAAAAGAAAUUUAACAGCUCUUAUCUCUAUUUAAAUCUGAAACUGAAAAUCUAAAAGCUUGUCUUCCUGGGAUCAUUUCUUUGUGUUUAUAAUCAAUUUAUUUUUUGAGAGAAGAGCGUUGUGGAGAUCUUUAAGGUUUUGGUUCAUUGGGUUAUGUUAUGUUUUGUCAGUCUGGAUGUGUUUACAGUAGAAUGCAUUUUCCUGACAUUAGAAUGCUUGCUGUUGCCAGUGUUGCAGAACUCAGUGCCGGGGGUCCCCACCUGGGCA